GCGAUGGGAAGCGGCGGAGGCUCGCCCGAGCUCCGGUGGUCGCUGCUGCUGCUGCUGGCGGCGGGCGGCUGGGCCCCGAGGGGCGCCGCGGCGGCGAGCCUGCCCUUGGUCGUCAACACCUGGGCGUUCAGGAAGGCGGCAGAAACAGCUUGGAGCACGUUACAGGGAGGCGGCUCUGAACUGGAUGCUGUAGAGCACGGCUGUGGCCAGUGUGAGAUUGAGCAGUGUGAUGGAAGCGUGGGGUACGGAGGCAGUCCAGAUGAACAUGGAGAAACAACGUUGGAUGCAAUGAUUAUGGACGGUAACACUAUGGAAGUUGGGGCAGUAGCAGAUCUCAGACGCAUAAAAAAUGCUAUCGGUGUGGCACGAAAAGUGAUACAACACACUAAGCACACUUUGCUGGUUGGAGAGUCAGCUACCAUGUUUGCAGAAAGCAUGGGAUUUCCAAGCGAAGACCUGACUACACAGAAAUCUCUUUCAAUAUACUUAAAGUGGCUUAAUCGAAGCUGUCAGCCAAACUUCCGGAAGAAUGUUACACCAGAUGCUGCAAAAUCAUGCGGACCGUACAAACCGAACGAAGAUUUCAGGAGAGAAGAACAGAACGUCUUGGAGAAAACUGUCCACAUUCAUAGUCAUGAUACUAUUGGCAUGAUUGUGAUUGGUCAAAACGGAAGCAUUGCUGCAGGGACGUCAACGAAUGGUGCUGUCCAUAAAAUCCAGGGACGUGUGGGUGACUCUCCCAUCGCUGGAGCUGGAGCGUAUGCUGAUAGCACAGCUGGAGCUGCUGCCGCCACUGGAGAUGGCGAUGUUAUGAUGCGCUUCUUGCCCAGCUAUCAAGCCGUGGAAUAUAUGCGAGCGGGAAUGGAGCCAACAGAGGCAUGCCAGAAAGUUAUUUCUAGAAUUCGGAGGUAUGCCCCGUACUUCUUUGGUGCAGUUAUCUGUGCCAACACAAGUGGAAGCUAUGGUGCAGCCUGCAAUAAAGUUCCAGGAUUCACACAGUUUCAUUUCAUGGCUUCUAGUCCCGCUCUGAGGCAACCGUCUGAACAAAUAGUAGACUGCAUUUGACAUUGUUUUCCUCUUAACAUCUGCAUUGACGAGGGAAGAAUUUAAGAAGGAAUGAAGCUUUGAGGGCUUCCAUGUUUACAAAAAAAAUGUUUGCACUCUUUUCCUGUAAAUUCAAGGGGCAGAAGGGAGAGAUAGAUUUGUGCCAAGUAGCCUCUAAUUAAGCAGGUUAUUCUUUCAUGCUGCGAUGUUUAAGUAAACGUGAAGUGUAUGUGGAGGGUACAGCAAACAGGUUGGAAAGCAGGCAAGUUAUUUUUCAAGUUCUUCCAAAAUUACCAUCAUAAAGAGAACAGAAAGUAAUUAGCACCAAGAUAGAGCCCUGAAAUAAUCUUUCUUGACGUGCUAUAUAUCAAACUGACCUGGAUUUCCUCCAUUUGGAAAGAUUUUGUAGAGCUGUAUAUUCCUUGUUUGAAUGAGGAGAACUUCCGGGUAAAACCCCUGAAAUGGGACACAUAUUGAGUGUAGCCAUUGCUGCAGCUAUAGCUGGCAGUGCAGUUUUGUAACAAACAGAGGAGAAAAUCAUUUGAUUGGACGGUAGCUGCUGUUAAUAUUGAUUGAUAUUGCUUAGGUUCUCUAAGAAGGAGCCCAUCUGUCAAAUAUAUGACUGACAAGGUCACAAAAAAUAGGCAAGAAUGCUAAUUACCUUAAAUGACUAUUUCUUUUUUCCACAAAACACAUCAAGACUUUAAUGAAUUAUAAUACACACCAACAUAAAACUUACUAUGAUAACUUGAACUAUAAUACAUUGUCCUUUUUAUAAUGGAAACAAACAGGGCUUUUUUCAGCUGGAACGCGGUGGAACGGAGUUCCGGAACCUCUUGAAA